AUGGAGAUCACCGUGAAGGCGCCGAGGGGGAUCCAAACCCCCGACCCCCAGCAGACGUUCGCGGAGGGCGGCUGGCCGCAGCAGCUCCUGGACGCGGUCACGCGCGCCGGGUACACGAGCCCGACGCCGAUCCAAGCGCAGUCGUGGCCGAUCGCGCUGCAAGGGUACGACCUCAUCUCCGUCGCGAAGACGGGGUCGGGGAAAACCGUGGGCUACCUUUUCCCGGGCAUCAUGCACAUCCGAGCGCGCGCCAACGGGCCCAGGCCGGUCGGUCCGACCGUCGCCGUCCUCGCGCCGACGCGCGAGCUCGCGACGCAGAUCCAGGAGGAGACCGCGAAGUUCGGGAGGGCGAUCGGGAUGUUCUCCGUGUGCCUCUACGGCGGCGCGCCGAAAGGGAUGCAGCUACGAGAGCUGCGAUCGGGGCCGCAGAUCGCCAUCGCGACGCCGGGCCGUCUGAACGACUUCCUCGAGUCCGGCGCCGUGAACCUCGGCAGCGCGACGUACGUCGUGUUGGACGAGGCGGACAGGAUGCUCGACAUGGGGUUCGAGCCGCAGAUUCGGAAGAUUUUGGCGAGGGCGCCGCCGGCGAGGCAGGCGCGUUCUAUCUCACACUGGUCCCCAUGCGACCCCACGCUCUUCUUCACCGCCACCUGGCCCAAGGCUGUGGUGCGCGUCGCGACGGCGAUCCUCACGAACCCGAUCCAGGUCAACAUCGGCGACACGGACUCGCUCGUGGCGAACAAGGACAUCUCGCAGGUGAUCGAAGUAUGCGGCGGGUUCCAGAAGCAGCAGAGACUGAUGGAAGUGCUUCGGAACCCUCCCGCGCAGCCGCUCAAGGCGAUCGUGUUUUGCAGCACGAAACGCAUGUGCGAUCAGAUCGGACGCAGCAUGGGCGGGAUGGGCGCGGUGAUCCACGGCGAUAAGGAGCAGCGCGAGCGCGAUUACAUCAUCAACCAGUUCAAGAGCGGGCGGGUCCCCGUGCUCGUGGCCACGGACGUCGCCGCGCGCGGGCUCGACAUCAAGGAGGUGAACCUCGUCGUGAACUUUGACUUUCCGAACCAGAUCGAGGAUUACGUCCAUCGGAUCGGGCGAACCGGCCGCGCGGGGAACAAAGGGCACGCGCACUCGUUCAUCGAACCCGGUGAGGGGAACAUGGCGAGGAAGCUGAUUCCGAUCUUGCGCGACGCCGGGCAGACGGUGUCGCCGGAGAUUCAGGAGAUGGCGACCCGCGGCGGCGGCGGCGGCGGCGGCGGGCGCGGAAGAGGCGGCGGCGGCGGCUUCCGCGGCGGCGGCGGCGGUGGCUUCCGCGGCGGCGGGUCCAGCUACGGCGGCGGAGGAGGAUAUUCUGGGGGCGGAUAUGGAGGAGGGGGAACGGGCGGAUAUGCGAACGGCGGCGGAAAUUCGGGGUACGGCGGCGGGGGAUCGUACGGCGGGUAUUAAAGCCCCGUGAACGACGCGCGUGCGAAACCGCGACGCAUCCUUUGAUUCACUCAUACGAUUCUUUAAAUAUAACGCGAGAGAUAUCAUG